AUGAGUUCUUUCUUGAUGAAUCCGUCCACUAACGGUGGAUAUCACCAGCAACAUCAACAAGCAUCAGUACAUCACAUAUCUGGAUCGUCAGUGAUGGUUGAUCCAAAAUUUCCACCGAAUGAUGAAUACAACCAAAGUAAUUACAUUUCAUCGCCUGGAGGUGAUUUUUUUGGAGGGAGUCACCAUCUGAAUCAUUCCCAAUCGCAUCAGCUGCAGUAUGGCUAUCACCAACACCAUCAUCAAGCUGUAUCCACGCCUUAUGGAACUACAUCUGCUGUUCCAUUGAAUGGUGGAUAUCCAGGCUACGGUGGCUAUUAUAGUCCACAUCAUCCUCAUCAUCAAGUUCAUGCUGUACAUCAUGCCAAUCUUCAUCCUCAUCAUCAUGCUAUUGGUACUCUAGCAAUGCCACCAGAAGCACAGCAACCGCCGCUUACUUGUUCAACUUCAAUGCAAAAUCAACAGCAGCAACAACAGCAACCCCAACAACCUCCACCUUUGUCAUCCACUGUUUUAGGAUCUACAGCUUUAUCACCUUCGAUAUUGCCUAGUCACGUACAACCUCCUGACGCUCAACAGCAUCUGCAUCAGUCACAGUCUCAACAAUCGCAACAGCAACAACAGCAUGAAAGUAAUGCAUGUAGUCCUCCUCAAUCUGGUUCCCUCCAGCGAGAUACUUCACCGGAUUUGCAAUCGACCAGUCAACACCAGGGACAUAUACAGAACUCUCAACAACAGCAACAUUUUGUUGAUGAUCUCUCUGAUCAAGAUGAUAUGGAUGAUGAUCCUAUAACUGAUGGAUCACCCGGCAUGAUGGAAGAUGAUGAUGAUGAUGAUAAAAAUAAAGACCGAGUGGUUUACCCUUGGAUGAAAAAAGUACACGUUGCUGGCGUUGCAAACGGUACCUUUCAACCAGGGGCAGAACCAAAAAGACAAAGGACAGCAUAUACCAGGCAUCAAAUUUUGGAGCUCGAGAAAGAAUUCCACUUCAAUCGGUAUCUGACGAGACGUCGAAGAAUCGAGAUAGCUCACUUGCUAGUUCUCACAGAACGACAAAUAAAAAUAUGGUUUCAAAAUAGACGAAUGAAGUGGAAAAAAGAUAACAAAUUGCCAAACACAAAAAAUGUCAGACGAAAAAAUACCAAUGGCCAAUUGCAGUCAGUAAAGUCUUCAAAAAAUGGUGGAAAUCGAUCGAAAAGUGGAGGAUGUAAUGUAAACAACAUUAAUCGAAAACUUAACAACAAUUCACCUUCGAGUGGAAUGGAAAGUAGUCUGGACGGAAGUGUUAGUCUAGACAUAAGUGAUGUUCAUGGAGUCAACACUAGUCUUCCUCAUCCACAUCCAUCUCAUUCGAGUUUUCAAGGACAUUCCCAUUCAUUGACUCAUCUACAGGCACAAUUGAGUCACCAUAUGAGUGGAAUGUUAGAAAACAAUAGUUCAACAAUGUCAAAUCUAAAUAUCAAUUCAGAUAGUAUUAGUCCGUUAGCUCCAGCAACCAAUAGUCCUCCUGGAUUAUCAACUUCAGUUCCACCUUCAAUUAAAUCAGACUACGGUCUCACACCUCUGUAACACCAAAAAGUAAGACUGUAUUAAUUCAAUUAAACGCAUAAUACUUAUGAAUGUUCAAUAACACCUUAGAAUAAAUACUCUAUCAGUAUAAAUAUUAUGCCUAAGUAUUCAAUAUCUCACAAUACAUCAGACUAUUGAUGGUAUUACGAUAUUGGCAAGAUAAAAAAUCCUUUUAAUUCAAUUGAACAGUAGGGACUUUGAAAAUGUCUAAUCUAUAAAUUUUCUACUAAGACUUUUUUUUAUCUAUUUUUAAUUAUAAUUUAUAAUUAAAAAUUACCGUACAAAGUCUUCAUGUUUUUUGAUCUGAUCCAUGAUAUGUGGGAGGAUAUAAAUGAUUGGAAUUGAGUUUCUUUCGAUUCUAGAGAUCUUUGGAAUAAAUACAGAUUUUUAUGAAUAAAAAGUCUUUGAAGAUUAUUUAUUUA